AUGGCAUCGUGGAAGACGGUAGACGAUUUCUAUGAGCACUCCAAUGUGGCCUCUGUUCGGGUGGAGGACCUCAACAAUAGUCACAGAGUCUCGCAUUAUUUGGCACACAUUCUCUUGUUUAUCGACAGGCACGUCGGUCUACGACAUCUGUUUCUGCUGUCUAUAAUAACAUUUUAUUCCUUAAUCGGCGGAUAUAUUAUUUACUAUUUUGAGAGGAACGGGGAAGCGGAGGCCGUUCCGGCUAGAAAAGCGGAGUUGGACAAUAGAAUUAUGGAUAUUGUUAGGCGAUAUAAAAAUAGCAACUCAACACUGACUCUAUCAGAGAAAACGGCUGCACUCAAGGAAGAUUAUGUUGCUAUGCUGAAAACUGAAGGACUAUUCAGAUGGUCUACAUAUUACAAAACUGAUGAGCCCGAUCACUGGAAAUGGACAUUUGGAAGCAGUUUCUUCUAUUCAAUGAAUGUUUACACAACAGUUGGUUAUGAACGCGUUUCUCUGCUUUCGUCUGUAGCUGUUGACGUCGGUGCCAUAGCAGUUGAUAAUACUAACGAAAGUGCGCUUGUCGAUGCGUAG